GCAGCCGCCUUUUCGAUGGGGGGUAGAUCCAGCCACUGCUUGUGCGACACCGAUGACACCGACGGCGAGCACAACGCCACCUUCCUGGAUGAGAAGGCGGCCGGCCCCAGCGAAGUGAGGCCACUCUUUACGUACGAGAAUGGCGCCACAUACAAUGGCUCGUGGCUGGGCGACAUGCGGCACGGCCAUGGUGACCAGAUGUGGCCGGACGGUGCCAGAUACAACGGGCAGUGGGUGGACGACAAGGCACAUGGACACGGCCGCUUUGAGCACGUGGACGGCGAUGUCUACGAGGGCCAGUGGCGAGAAGACAAGGCACAUGGCCAGGGCAUGUAUCAGCAUGCAGACGGCUCCCGCUACGAGGGGCAGUGGAAGGAGGAUAGACAGCAUGGCAGAGGUAUUGAGCUGUGGCCGGAUGGAGCGCGGUAUCAGGGUGAGUACCUGGACGGGCGGAAGAACGGGCACGGCAGCUUUGCCUGGGCAGACCGCUCCAGCUAUGAGGGCGGCUUUCGCGACAACGAGAUCAACGGCGAGGGUCUCUACAUUUGGGGGGAUGGUCGAAGAUACCAGGGACAGUGGGUGAACAACCGCAUGCACGGCCACGGCACCUUCACUUGGGCAGAUGGCCGCAAGUAUGAGGGGCAGUACAAGGACGACUCGAAGGACGGACACGGAGUGUUUUUGUGGCCGGACGGGCGGAUGUACGACGGCCAGUGGAAGGAUGGCAAGCAGCAUGGAACGGGCCACUAUGUCAGCUUCACCCAAGAGAAGAAGCUGGGACUCUGGGAGGAGGGCCGAAGAGUGAAGUGGCUAAGCGCAGACGCGAAUGGCAACAGCCCACCCCGACCUUGACCGGCGGUUUUGUGACAGGCGUGUGCCAGGCCUGGGGCACU